GUUGCACCCAACUUGCGACCAGCACUCUCCUUGCCAAACCGACUGGGCCGGUUUCCCUUUCCUCUCUCCUACUUUCUCCUCACAUCUAUCGGACGCUUGCGUUCUUACCUCUCCCAGCACCUGUUCAUCGACCGAGUCCCAGUGACCGUCCCGUCUUUUACACCUCGUUGGAAAAAUCCUCGUCGACAAUCAAACAUGUUCGUCAAGUCUUUGAUCACCCUCGUGUCGGUCCUCGCCGUCACCUCGCAAGUGUCCGCACACGCGGCGAUCGCGCCCGCUCUUGGCGUGUCUGGCACUCCGGUCCGCAACGAUGUUCAGCGCCCGAGCACCAACUCGCCGUGCGGCAACGUGGACAUCGCGUCGACGCUCGACACCUCCACCCCGGUCCAAGCGGCUGCUGAUGGUACCUUCACAGCGACCAUCUCCAACUUCAACGCUGGCCAAGACGGCUCGCGCCAAGUGACCGCGCAAGUCGACGCGACCGGCGCCGGCAACUCGUUCAAGGCCGCGACGGUCUCCCAGAACGGCGACCUCGCCCCGACCGACGUCGGCUCGCAACAGCUCGUCGUCUCCCUCCCGGCCAACACGGCCUGCACCGGCGGCAAGGCCGGCAACCUCUGCCUCGCCUCGUUCACCACCGCCGGCGGCUUCGGCAACUGCGUCGUCGUCGCCCAGGCCGGCGCCGCCGCUGCCGCGGGCAACAACACCGUUGCCGCCACCGGCUCGGCUGCCGCUGCCGCUGCCACCACCGCGGCCGCUGCGACGGGCAACGCGACCACCACAGGCAAGCACCACCACCACAAGGGCAACGCGACCGCCGGUGCUGCCGGUGCGGCGGCCGCCGCCCCGAACCCGAAACGCGCGUUGGCUCUCCGCUUCGCGCGUCACCUCCGUGAGCGCAACUAAAAAGACGAGCGACAUUUUCUUGGAUCUUUUCAACGACGGUGCCUCGUUGCUGGGCUGAAGGAAAAGUCACAAAGUGUAUUUGUAAACAUGUAGAUGCUGGGAGUUCAAGUAGGGUACGUUCAAUGGAUAUGGACAAGGACUUCGUGUCUGUGGUCCGCAUUUCGUGCCGAAACGUUCUUGGUGUUCGUCGUGAGCAAAAAAAAAACAUAGUGGUCGGAAGGGCCCAACGUGACUCAUUUGGUCAUGUUUACUGCUCGUCCUAUGGUAAAUCACUUGUGGGGUAAAAAGAACGAACGCGAUCUCGUUAUCUGGACGCCAGACGCGUCUGCGGAUACCAACGCGGACGGUUUUUCCGCAAUUACCGUCACCCGGUCCACAAGGUCGAAGGAGCAAGUGACCUCCGCAACCCGCGUCGCGAACGCUUCCAGGGUAAGAAACGAGGAUUCUUCGAUCGUCUGAGGGAGAAGGAGAAAAUACAUCAUCCCGAACGCACUCUCGAUGCGCAUUUAGCCUCGGCCGGGUCACGCACCUCGCAUACAAUGCGGUAUACCUCGCCCCAGAUGAUAGGCACAUUUUCGGGCGUAGAUUGACAUCGCAAGGUGACGGUGACGAUGACAGACUGUUUGGAGAGACGUUCGGGAGGGUUGACGCCGAUGAUCGUGCUAAGCCGGAUGUUCCUGAUCGUCGUCGUCCACGACACCGGCGGCCCCGGUCCCGGCCGUCUCGUCACGUCCGCUUCGAGGCAUUCCGCGCUCAGGAACUGGUUGUGCGCGCGCGCCAAGACGCGCACCGUGUUCGCGCCGUGCGCUUUCCCGGCGGCGAGCGACGCGGCCUCGAGGGCGAUUUCGUGCAACCCAAGCCUAGAGAAUGCGGCGCCAUCGAAGGUGCGGUAUAGGUCCUUGUACACCGUGCCGUAGUUGACGGUGUCCGCGACGUCGUC